AUGUGGCCCAUUGCCUUUAUGGAAUGUCCACCAUUUGGCUACAGAUUGGGCAGUGUGGCAAUCAAGUGGGACAGGAAUGGUGGAAACUGGUUACCAACGAAAAGGCUCCAAAUUCUGCCUUGGACAGCCCUCAGUGACAGCUCAAAAGAUCUACAAAGACGUACAUCAAAGCAAACUGCAGUUGAUCUGAACAAACAGAAAUCUGUACAGCAAGGUGGGUAUCCAUUCUACGCAUCUGACGGGAAGCUGAGUGCCCUGUGUGUGGACAGUGAGCCCAAAGUAGUGAAGAGAUUGCUCCGGGAAGUAAAGAGUGGGUCAUUCAGAGAUUCAAACAUUUCCCUUGGCCUGAGAGGAAGAGGCAACAACUGGGCUCUUGGGUAUCACGGGCUGCAGACGCAGAAUGACAACAGUUUGCUCAAUCGCACCUUGGAUAGCUUCCGGAAGGAGGUGGAGCGACGCGAUGCCUACUGUGGGGUCAUACUGUUACACAGUCUGACUGGUGGCACAGGAUCUGGAUUGGGUGCACGAUUAUGUGAAUCAAUCCGGGAGGAGUUUCCAAUGGGCUAUAUUCUCUCCGUGACGGUCGCUCCACAUCAGGUCGGGGAAAGCCCACUCCAACAUUACAACUCCCUGCUCUGCCUUUCCUGGCUUCAGAGGUAUGCCGAUGGGGUUCUCCUGUUUCACAAUGAUGACAUAUUGCGCAGGAUGCAGGCCUUGUGUGGAAGGAAGAUCAACCACACCACAGCUCAACAGCCACAAAUUUCUUUGUCUGACAUGAACACACUCAUUGCUUCCUGCCUGGCAGGAUUGAUGUACCCAGUGAGCAACCUCCGAACCCGAAGUGGUGUCGGCAUUGGUCUGGAACCUUGGGAGUUGCUGAGAACAGUCUGCCCCAUGCCAACUACUAAGCUCCUGUAUACAAGCCAGAUGAACAUGAGGGGAACUGCAUCCUGGGAUAGUAUGCUGUCCUCCAUUGUGCGUACUCUUCCGCGUCACUCACCCACUGGCAAUACUUAUCACAGCACAGCAGUUCUAGCUGUGGCGCGUGGAACCAGAGCUGAGACAUUUAAUUGCUCGCUACAGCCCAUCAUGAUGAAAAUGAAACAAGGAUAUGGAUGUGUUUCAUGGAACCCUCAAGCCUUGGACUAUUGGACAGAUCCCUGCAAUAUUGUUGACCUGACAUCGUCCAGCCAUUCUCUGACCAUUUGUGCCAACCACAGCAGUGUGUCAGACUACAUUCAGCAUGUCCUACAGAAGGCUCAGACUAUGUACGAUGCCCAUGCCUAUCUCCAUUGGUACUGGAAGCACGGCUGUGAAGAGGGAGACUUCCUGCAGGCCUUUGAGAUCCUGGACUCCGUGGUGAAGGAAUACAAUGCUGCAGGAGAUCACUGACCAUCCAUCUCAGAGACUUACAUAUGUUAUUGUUAAGUGCUGAUAAGAGGAGAAGUGAUGGCCUUUCUCUUCCACAUGUGGAUUACUUUCCAGCUCAGUCUCCUGGUUUGAAAUAUAGUUGAGCAGUCACAGGCAGAUUUUCAUGUGAGCAGAGGAGAAAUAUGACAUUUGUUGUGGGUAAGGCACAGUGUUUUGAGUGGGAGUUUUAUGCUGUCUCCAACUAAGCUGUACCUGACUAUAGUCUUCUGGGACUAUGUCGACUUUACCAUCCCUGACCUGCGAAUGCUGUGUGCUGAGACCUGGUGCUUAAAAUUACAGCUUUCAGCACAACAUUCAACCCAUUUAUGACAUAUGGAACAUGCUAACUAAUUGCAGUUACAUCAGUGGUUUUGCCUUAUGUGCAGAGGUCCCAGGUUUAUUGUUUGGUCUGCUGUUGUGGUAAUGAGAGUAUCCCACAGGGAUUGAGAAUUUGCAAAAUGGGAAAUUGAGCUAACUUAAUCAGGGCUGCUGAAUGAAUGCUGAACCAUGCACAAAGAUUGAUCUACUGAGUGCAGGUUGAAAGUUGACUUUGUGUGUACACUAGCUAGUGCAUUUAUUCAUUCAGCCACCGAGGCCUGACUCCAUACAUGAGAACUAUAUGUGAAAACAAACUUAAUUUAAAACUAAACAUACUUACAGGUAGUAAAAUACAAUAUGUGAUUUUGUUGAUUUAUUUAACUUUGUACAAUGCUUAUUUUAGGGAUACUGUCCUUAAAUUUGUUGCCAGCAGUUUUUUUUUAGAAAAAAAACACUGUUAUUGAACAGUGUUUAUGCUGGAGGGUCCCUUUUGGCUUUUUUUUCCCAUUACUGUUUGACUGAAUUGUUAGGUAACACUGAAGAUAGAGGGUGGUUUGUUCUUGAUGGUUUGAGUGAUCAUUCCUGGCUUCUUCCUUAUGGUUACUGGUUGAGGCUGAGCCAUGGCGUUGAGGUAAUUUUGCUAGAAAGAAGAAAAUCAUACUGUGAACCAGCAUACUGACUAGCAGAGACAUAGUUCUUAAUUUCACAGACCCUUGGUGUCACACUUUCUGGAGUUUUGCAUUAAGUUUUAGACACUAAAGUUUCAGUUAAAGAUAUAUUGGAAUAACUGAAAGAAUGCAGAUGCUGGAAAUCAGAAACAAAAACUGAAAUUGCCAGAACAAUACAGCAGACCUGGCAGCAUCUGUGGAGAGAAAUUAGAGAUAAUGUUUUGGGUCCAGUGACCCUUUUUCAGAACUGGAGGUUCUGUACGGUUAUGUGGGUUUUCCAGAAUUAUACUAGGGUUAAUGGGCUAAGCAAACUUGGCUUGUUUUCAAACAGAAAAUGCUGGAAAUACUUUGCAGAUCUAACAGAUAGAGAAGGAGAGUUAAUAUUUCAAAUUAAUGAUAUCUGAUGAAAGAUGUUCAGAUGGUAGGACCCAAUCCAGACCAUUGAGAACAUGAUUUCUGGAUAAGUUGGAUUUGUGUAUCUAGUCCAGAAUGGUCUAUUUCAUGGAGGAAAACUUUCAGGUCAUGGUGAUGCCAUGUCAUUCUCAGUGGUGAAAGAUCUGGGCCCAGUAGUAGCAGCCAAGCUCCCCAAGACCAUAUUCCAGCUUUCUAGCAGUCUUUUUCUCAAUUGUUCCCUUUGCUUCAAUUAUUUGUUUAAUAUUUAUUCUUAAAAAGUCCUGUGGUGAAGAAUUUCCUGUAAACAUGGGUACAGUAAAAUAAUAGUUACGUUAUCACUCCAGUAUCGAGGCCUACACGAGUAAUCUAGCUGACAUAAACUGAAAUACCACCCUGACAAUUGGGGAUUUGUUUUUCUUUUAGAAAACUAAGUAAAAAUAAUUAAUAUCAAUUAAACCUCUCAUCAAGUUGUUGUUAAAAACCGUUUUGUUUCAGUCAUAUCCUGUAGGGUAAGAAUCUGUGUCUGUUGCGGCUUGUAUCAGACCACAUCAAGUAUGUCCAACAUAUCAACAGUCAUGUGUCUAGUGUGUGCUAAAAAGAGUUAGUGUUCUAGCUUGCUUCUCACUUUCAGUCUACACUCCUGGCAUGGAUCAAUGUGAACAUGAGAGCCAAAUGUGCACGUCCCUCUGAGUUAAUACAGAGUCUCUCCAUCACUAACUCCUCAUGCCAGCACCAGGAGACUGAGAUCCUCACAGCCCCUGGCUACAGCUUCAGAGUAACCUGGCAGAGGUUUGACCCCAAAGCCUGCGGUGCAGUUGUGGAUGCAUCCUGCUUCUCAUGAACCAGUGAACCCUGCUGUGGGUCAAUCCCUUGCUCCACAACCGUGUUAAUAUCUUAGGCGAGUCAAAGGUUAAGGAAACAGAUACUAACAAAAAAAUCUGGCGCGGAGCCCAAAGAGGAACUGCUGCAAUCAAGUCAGUGUAUAUCUUUGAAUCCAAGUGGGAGGUCAAAAAAGGCAGCAGUCUCCAGAAAGUUUCCUAGUUUGUUGCAGAAUCUUAAUACAAAGCAGGAUACAGCAGUUACAAGUAAUAAGCCCAACUCAAUUAUUGUAGAGAAUUAGUGAUAAGGGGUGUUUCUGACAGUAGUUGAGGCCUCCAUGUCCCAUUGGUCAGCCACCUCAUACCUUAGAUUGGAAAACCCAAGACUGGAAUCCAGCUAAAUGAGUGCUUGCAGCUUACUGGCUCUGCUUGAAACGUGAAUAAAACCUACUAUAGAAGUCUGGCAAUUUUUUAGAAAAAGGAAAAUGCAAACUCAAACUGGAAUGCCAGGACCAAGUGCAGGGGAUUGACAGUGAUUUACAGCUGUCCAUUAAGGCACAAAAAAUGACUGUGAUUAAAACGGAAUUCCAUAAACAGAACACAGAUAUACCUUCCUUAGGGACCAGAGGUUCUCUCAUUGAGUGUAGUGAGUUCCUUACAGUGAAGUCUACACCAUGUUCACAGGUUUCUGAGCUCAGCCCCUGCAGCAUGAACAUGUAAGGUUUUCUUUCUUUUCUUUCUGUAUUCGAUCACAGGAUUAGGGAAUCGCUGGCUAGGCCACCAUUUAUUGCCCAUCUGUAAUUACCCAGAGGGCAGUUAAAAGUCAACCACAUUGCUGUGGGUCUGGAGUCACAUGCAGACCAGACCGGGUAAGAAUGGCAGUUUCCUUCCCUAAAGGACAUCAGUGAACCAGAUGGCUUUUUCCAACAGUCAACAAUGAUUCAUGGUCAUCACUAGAUUAUUAAUUCCAGAUAUUUUAUUGAAUUCAGAUUCCACUAUCUGCCCUGGUGAGAUUUGAAUAUGAGUCCCCGGAACAUUAUCUGGGUCUCUGAAUUAACAGUCCAGUGCUAAUACCACUAGGCCAUUGCCUCCCCCUCAUUAAUUGAUCCACCCUUGGAAAGCUUGGCCUCUUGUAAGGGAGCUCCAUCUGUGUUCUGCUUAUUACAGUCAGCAUGUGUACCUUAAACGGCAGCUUAAAUCACUGUCAAUCUCCUGCACAUGGUACUGACAUUGCAGUUUGAACUGGCAUUUUCAUUUUACGUAAAUGUUGCCUGACUUCUGCGCUGGCUUUUAUCCACCUGCUGAGUAUAGUCUAUAAGCUGUAAGCAGCCCUACCAGUCUAAGGUUUCCAAACCUGUCCUCCACUGCAGAGGCAUAGGACCACUUUUAUGAAGAGCUUAAAACGGUUAUAAACAGAUUGUACAAGUCUGAAAGUAUCAGAGAUAAUGGGAACUGCAGAUGCUGGAGA